UGAACCCUUCUCGUUUCUUUUUUCUUGGUGUUUUUUCGUCUUCACUGAGGCUAUUCAAGUACCACCAUGAGUUCGUACAAUGCUUACAAUCCUUUUGCUAGGCGCGAGGGGCACAGCCCGGCUUCGCUGAAUUCGUAUCGGGUUCUCGCACCUCUCUCGUGGGCUCUAGUAAUCGUUUUUGGGAUCUUCUAUUCCAUCCAUAAGCCUGCCGAUGUGUCAAACAGCUGGACCCUCUGGUCUCAGUUUGAGCAGCGAUCGACUGCGUUCAGUGUUAACAUUGUCGUGCUAGCAAUUUACUGGAUCCUUCUGCUCCUCUCCCAGAUUGGAUACCUGAUCCAACUCUUUUCCAAGGAUGCAGCGAUUGUCACUGUUGCAGCCAACGCGGCGUCGCAUUUCAUUCUAAACAACCUCUUCGUCUUCGCGUGGAUUCUCCUCUGGACCAGAAACCAUUUCUGGCCAGCCGAGGUUAUUCUGAUCGCCCACUUCAUCCACCAGCACGUCGCCUUCUGGAGGAUCCGCUCCCUACCGCCGCUGUCGCAUCUAGCGGUCAUUGCAGGCCCAUACGCCUGGACUUUGAUCGCGCUCUUCUGGAACGGAGCCGCGGCAGUUUGGAGUCACACUCCAGCUGCUGAGAUCGCCGCUAACGUUUUCAUCUGGAUCAUCUUCGUUAUAGGUGCCACUCACAUCAUCGUGCCGGUAGAUGAACUGGUCGGAUACAGUCUGAGUCUGCUGCUCUUCGGUGUGGCCAUCGCUCAAACCGAUAAAAAGGCCAGCUUUCCCAGACAAUGGAUCUUUGCGUGGGUUAUUUUCGCGGUUUUCCUGCUCGACUCGAUCUACUUGACAUUUGUCAAGUCUACCAACCGGGACAUUUUCUUCAGGAGUGCUGGGGAGCCAGAAGCGAGCCAGGGCGAUCCUGAGAGGGCGCCAUUGCUACCGGAGCCGCGUGAACCUGCUGCGGCUGCUUGAAUAUCGCAAUGAUCGGUUCCGUUUGCGCUUGAUGAGACGGAUAUGGAUAUGGCGAGGCUAUUGAAGAGAAGAAAAAACUUCUAGGAUGGUAGAAUUAGGAUACGGAUUGGCGAUGAUGCUAUGCUCUUGCUCUCUAUUGGAUACCAUUUACUGUUGUUGUCUGCAGUGGUUCACUGUGGAGGAUCGCCCCAGGUCCAUGGGUCUGACUUUUUAAGGCUCGCGGGUCCACGGCGUCCACAGAUCGCUCGGAUGGAUUGUAGGUUUAUUUAUAAGGCUUUUCUGAAUGCAAUAAUCUUCGCUCUCAAAUGUAAUACGUCCCCUGUUUGAUCAGGAAGUGGUGUUGGUGCACGAGACCCGACCGGGCGAAGGUUCAACUCCAGUUCCCCUUGGGAUUCUCCCUCUCCCUUCAUGAACACCAUACGAACACAC